AUGUCAUCAGCAGAAGCAGCACCCCUGCCCAAGCACCACCGGGCUCUGGUUCUCGAAACCAUCGAAGAAGGCUUCAAGGUCAAGACCGUGCCAACACCGCGACCAGACGCAGGCAGCGCAGUGGUACCCAUCCUCGAAGCCGGAGUACUAUCAUACCACCGCGAAAUAUACAGCGGGGAACGACACCAUGACUUCCCCAAGCCCAUUGUCGGCGGACUUUCUGCCAUUGCGCGGAUCGCGGCCGUGGGUCCCGACGCGAUGGUACUGCAACCUGGGCAAUUGGUGUUCAUGGACUGUGUGAUCCGGGCGCGCGACCACCCAGAUUCAAUGUUCCUCAUUGCCAUCCACGAAGGAAUGGACGCGGGGAGUCGGAGACUGGGCAAUGAGGUCUGGCGCGACGGCGCGUUCGCCCAAUACAUGAAGUUGCCGCUGAAGAAUUGUAUCCCACUAGGCGAAACCCGACUUUGUCGCGAGCUGGGCUACAAUUUUCGCGAGCUGAUGUACUUGACGUACUUGAUGGUGCCGUUCGGAGGACUGCGAGAUAUCCAUCUUGAGCCAGGCGAGACCAUUGUCGUGUGUCCUGCGACCGGCGGGUUCGGUGGUGCCGGUGUUCAGGUCGCCAUCGCAAUGGGCGCAAGGGUCAUUGCUAUGGGACGGAAUGAAAAGGAGUUGGCCAGGUUGAAAGAGCAUGUCAAGAAAACCUCGCCCACCGCCAGUAUUGAGACCGUCAAGAUGACGGGAGAUCGUGAGACUGAUGUUGCCGCGCUGAAAGCUUUCGGGACCAUUGAUGCCAUUAUCGACCUCACGCCGCCGUUUGCUUGCAAGUCGACGCAUCUGAAGAGUGCGAUCUCUUGUCUGCGUCGUGGCGGCCGCUGCAGCAUGAUGGGCUAUGUCGAAGAUGUUAUUCAUUGGAACGUCAUAGCUCUCAACAUUGCCUUGAAAAGGGAAACUUAUGUAUGA